AUGACUAAAAGACUAACUUUAGCAAGGAAAGAAGUAUUCGCCGACAAGCUCGCCGCACAACUGGGCAAAACCCGCAGGAAAUUCGAAAUCCCUACCCCGCAGCGCUGGUACCACUUCGCCAACGGCACCUGGACAUCCUCCACCCCUCCAACAACCCCAUCCACCACCACACCCCCCAGGAUCAGCGUCACGACAUGGAACAUCGACGCCAUCGCACCCGCCUCCGAACGGCGCAUGACAGCUGCCCUCUCACACCUCUCCGAUCUGCACGGAAGCGAAGAUCUCCCGUCGAUCAUCUUCCUCCAGGAAAUGUUGGAUGCGGAUAUCGAGCAAAUCAAAGCUGCGCCGUGGGUUAGGGAGCGGUUUUUCAUCACGGAUGUGGAGGGGAAUAAGUCUGCGAUGUUUGGGACAACCACAUUGGUGGAUAGAAGGUUAGAUGUGAGGGAAGUGUUUCGGGUGUUGUAUGAUAAGGCGGCUAUGCAGAGGGAUGCGCUUUUCGUGGAUGUUGCUAUUGGGGGUGAUCGAAUCCUCCGCCUUUGCAAUACGCAUCUCGAAAGCAUGGCCUUCACUGAGCGUCGACGCGCACAACUCCAACUCGCCUCUACCUACCUGCACGGCCCUGGUUGUAUCCCCUCUCCUUCAGACCCCACCACCACAACCGCAACAGACCUUCCAACCCCCCACGCCGCCAUCCUCGCCGGCGACCUCAAUGCCAACUCCCCCGAAGACCAGUCCCUCCCCGCGCAGAACAACCUACAAGACGCGUUCCUUGUCCUGGGCGGCCAGGAAGAUACUGACAAGGGCUAUACCUGGGGCCAGCAGGCUCCGGCUCAUGAGAGGGAGCAGUUCGGGUGCAGCCGGACGGACAAGGUGCUGUUUUGCGGGGGCGUGGAGGUGGAGAGCUUGAGGAGGAUUGGGGAGGGGGUGGAGGCUUGGGUUGAGUAUCUGCAGUGGAGCGAUGAGGAGGAGGAUGAGGAGACGGGGGAGAAUGUUUGGGUUAGUGAUCAUUUGGGGUUGAAGGCUGUCUUUCGGUUGGUUUAG